UGUCGGAAUGCAACUAGAGGAUCGGGGCGAUGUCAGCCUAGCCUGGACUUUUUUUCCAGGAGACCCAGCAGCAGGAAUUUUCCUGCUUGCUUGCUUGUUUGCCGGCAGGCAGUCUUGGCUUGUAUGCAGUGCUUCAGAACUGCAUACAUACGUCGGGGUCUGGUCUCGGGAUGGCUACCUGGCUGGCUGGCUGGCUGGCUCCUCCCCCUGCUGCUUGCUGUCGGGACGGCAGGACAGAAUGGCCGGAUGGUCGAGACGGGACGUGGCUGCAAGGUACGGAGGGGACUUUGCAUGGCUUUUGUGUAGCUAUGGCUGGGUGGUGGUUAGAUCACACUGGAUGUGGAAUGACUACGUCGAGUGUAUGUAGUUGUGCCGAGCAGAAGACUGAUACUAUUAUCUACAUGGUGUUAGAAAUGGAUCGAAAUAGUGAGUGGUGUGUUCCAAGCUGCCACUACUAAAGCCAAACCUACCUAUCCAUCCAUCCAUCUAUACAAAGAAAGUUCCUAGCUAGAUACGAUAGACAAAAACCUUAUGCACAAGACCAAAUCACAACC